GACACGCUGCUGCACUUCAUCUCUUGGGGCGCUCUUCGCCUUGGCCAACCGUCGCAUCCUGUGCAACUCUGGUCAGUGGCCGUUUGGUGUUGAAUGUUCCCCACCAAGAGUGCAUGGCUGCGGAACCGAGGCGCAGACCCGGGCCCCGAGGGGUCGCCCUCUGGGAAGCCGUGAUGCUGUUGUACCUGGGAGUGCCUGCGGGUUACCCCUACAACCUGGACCCAGAGAGCGCGCUGCUGUACCAGGGCCCCUCCGGCACUCUGUUUGGCUACUCGGUGGUGCUACACAGCCACGGGGAAAAGCGCUGGCUCAUCGCAGGGGCACCCACUGCCAGCUGGCCCUCCAAUGCCUCAGUGGUCAAUCCUGGGGCCGUUUACAGAUGCAGGAUCGCAAAGAAUCCAGGUCAGACCUGCGAGCAGCUCCAGCUGGGUAGCCCCACUGGAGAGCCCUGUGGAAAGACGUGCUUGGAAGAGAGAGAUAAUCAGUGGCUGGGGGUGACACUUUCCAGACAGCCGGGUGAGAAUGGAUCUAUUGUGACUUGUGGGCAUAGGUGGAAAAAUAUAUAUUACAUGAAGAAUGAUAAUAAGCUACCCAGUGGUGUUUGCUACGCAAUGCCUUCGGAUUUGCGAACAGAACUGAGCAAAAGGAUGGCCCCUUGUUACCGAGAUUAUGUGAGAAAAUUUGGAGAACAUUUUGCAUCGUGUCAAGUUGGAAUAUCUAGUUUUUACACCCAGGAUUUAAUUGUGAUGGGGGCCCCAGGAUCAUCUUACUGGACUGGUUCCGUCUUUGUCUACAAUAUAACUACAAACACGUACAAGGCAUUUUUAGACCUUCAGAAUCAAGUAAAAUUUGGAAGUUACUUAGGCUAUUCGGUUGGAGCUGGUCAUUUUCGAAGUCCACACACGACUGAAGUCGUAGGAGGAGCUCCUCAACAUGAACAGAUAGGAAAAGCAUAUAUAUUCAGCAUUGAUGAAACAGAGCUGAGCAUCAUCCAUGAAAUGAAAGGUAAAAAGCUUGGCUCAUACUUCGGAGCAUCUAUCUGCGCAGUGGAUCUCAACGCAGAUGGCUUCUCAGAUCUCCUUGUGGGGGCUCCUAUGCAGAGCACCAUCAGAGAGGAAGGGAGAGUAUUUGUAUACAUCAACUCCGGCUUGGGAGCUGUAAUGAAUGAGAUGGAAACAGUACUCAUUGGGAAUGACAAAUAUUCUGCAAGAUUUGGGGAAUCUAUAGCAAAUCUUGGCGACCUUGACAAUGAUGGCUUUGAAGAUAUUGCUAUUGGGGCUCCACAAGAAGACGAUUUGCGAGGUGCUAUCUACAUUUACAAUGGCCGAGCAGAUGGGAUCUCAUCCACCUACUCACAGAGAAUCGAAGGACUUCAAAUCAGUGAAUCAUUAAGGAUGUUUGGACAAUCUAUCUCAGGACAAAUUGAUGCAGACAACAAUGGAUAUGUCGAUGUAGCUGUUGGUGCUUUUCGGUCUGAUUCCGCAGUGUUGCUAAGGACGAGGCCCGUAGUGGUUGUGGAAGCAUCCUUAAGUCAUCCCGAGUCAAUAAAUAGAACGGUAUUUGACUGCACCGAAAGUGGACUCCCCUCUGUGUGUGUGGAUCUGACACUCUGUUUCUCAUACAAGGGCAAAGAAGUCCCGAGCCACAUCGUUUUGUUUUACAACGUGAGCUUGGAUGUGCACAGAAAGGCAGAGACGCCAUCAAGAUUUUACUUCUCUAAUGGAACUUCAGACACGAUCACAGGAAGCAUGGGGGUUUCGAGCAGUGGAGAGACGUGUAGGACACACCCGGCAUUAAUGCGGAAAGAUGUACGAGAUAUCCUCACGCCUGUUCAAGUCGAGGCCACAUACUACCUUGGGCAUCAUGCGAUUACCAAAAGGAACACAGAGGAAUUCCCACCACUUCAGCCAAUUCUCCAGCAGAAGAAAGAAAAAGACAUAAUUAGGAAAACAAUAAACUUUGCAAGGUUUUGCGCCCAUGAAAACUGUUCUGCUGAUCUGCAAGUUUCUGCAAAAAUUGGAUUUUUGAAGCCACAUGAAAAUAAAACCUACCUUGCUGUUGGGAGCAUGAAGACCAUAGUGCUGAAUGUGUCCGUGUUCAAUGCUGGCGAUGAUGCGUAUGAAACGACCCUGAGCAUCCAACUCCCCACAGGCCUUUACUUCAUUAAGAUCUUAGACCUGGAAGAGAAACAAAUAAACUGUGAAGUGACUGAGAGCUCUGGCCUCGUGAAACUCGCCUGCAGCCUUGGUUACAUAUAUGUGGAUCGUCUCUCAAGGACAGAUAUUAGCUUUCUCCUGGACGUGAGCUCACUCAGCAGGGCAGAUGAGGACCUCAGCAUCACCGUGCACGCCUCCUGUGAAAACGAAGAAGAAGACAGACUGAAGGACAACAAAGUGACAUUAGCGAUUCCUCUAAGAUAUGAAGUUGCUCUGACGGUUCACGGGUUCGUGAACCCAACUUCAUUUGUAUACGGAUCAAGUGAAGAAAAUGAGCCAGAAACAUGCAUGACGGAGAAGCUGAACUUCACAUUUCAUGUUAUAAACACCGGCAUUAGCAUGGCUCCAAAUGUUAGUGUAGAAAUAAUGGUACCCAAUUCUUUUCUCCCUCAAACGGAUAAGUUGUUCAACAUUUUGGACGUCCAGGCGACUACAGGGCAAUGCCAUUAUAAACAUUAUGGAAGAGAGUGUACAUCAGAACAGCAAAACGGCGUAGCGGAGACCUUGACAGACAUAGUCAAAUUCUUAUCAAAGACAGACAAGAGACUCUUGUAUUGCAUGAAAGCUGAUCUACACUGUUUAGAUUUCUUAUGCAACUUCGGGAAAAUGGAAAGUGGGAAGGAAGCCAGCGUUCACAUCCAGCUGGAAGGUCGGCCAUCCAUCUUGGAAAUGGAUGACACUUCAUCACUCAAGUUUGAAAUCAGAGCAACAGCUUUUCCAGAGCCGCACCCAAAAGUUAUUGAGCUGAAUAAGGAGGAGAAGGUUGCCCACGUUCUCCUGGAAGGGCUCCAUCAUCAAAGACCCAAACGGCAUCUUACCAUCGUGAUUAUUACCAGCAGCUUGCUGCUGGGACUUAUCGUACUUUUAUUAAUUUCAUGUGUUAUGUGGAAGGCUGGGUUCUUUAAAAGACAGUACAAAUCUAUUCUACAAGAAGAAAAUAGGAGAGACAGCUGGAGUUAUGUCAACAGCAAGGGUGACGAUGACUAAUGACUCUUCAAUGGAGAGCAAUGAACAAAGACCUCAGGUAGGUGGGGAAAGACCCUGCUCAUGAGACCCAUGGUAAUCUUUUUUUACACGUACUUCUGAUCUUGUAACGUACUAUGUCUUAAUGCAGGGAAAAUCUCCAAGAAAGAAAAUACACAAAGGUUGCUUUCCAGCAGUCAAAAGUAGAGAAAAACACUAAAGCUAUUGACUUACUCAAGAAAAGGGAACUUCGAAGGCCAAUUGAAAGAAACUCCAGAUUUAGCCAAGCAGACUUAAAAGGAACUGUCUUUAAAAGAGACAUGGACUACACGGGCUCACGAAGGUGAGAUAAAUGCCACAGAAAGGGCACUUGUGGGUUUCAAAUACACUUGAGACAUUUUCAAAAUAUGAUAACCUUUGAAGCCACUUAGACUCUUUAAAGAACUGUUUCCAGAGGUUUCUGAUGGAUAAAUCAUUUUAAAACAGUGGAAUUAAAACAUUGGAAGAUUGUCAUUGCUGUACGUCAUCCCUGCGCUGUCUCCCUGUGGCCUUUUUAUUCGGCAGAUGUGAGUUUUAAUUGCCUGGUGCACAACAUCCAUGCAGUGCAGGAUGGCUUCUGGACAAGUGUGGAUUCUGCAUAAGUGGUCAGCUGUGGACUCUUCUUUUUAUGUAUAUACACUUUUCUAAGAGAUACAAUUACCACUCACCUCUUCUUUUAUCAUCAAGAGCAUCCAGGAAUAUAUUUUUCUAUUUUCUAUUUGUAAAACCAGUUCUUAAAGAUUGUCUUCUCAUUACUGAUCAUAACAUCACACCUUUAGCUGUUAUAACAUGAACCAUUACUCACUGGUGAUUUCAAACUGCAAAGAAGGGCAAGGGAGCCGAUAUGUCAUAAAACGUUCACUGUUUCAAAUGAAACAAACAUGAAUACCUGCCACGAUGUUGUUGUUUUCCUUGUUCUGUUGAAACAUGCAGUAACCAGGGCUGUAAAAAAGCAUUGCUAUAGAGACGGAACAGCAAGUAACUGGUGAAGUUUGUAUGCAAGAACGGUAUGUGAUCCACCCUCCAUGAGAUAUGUACAUUCGAUGCUAUGAAAAAGUGAACUGUCUUCUACCUGGGUUUUUACAUAACCAUUUUUGUAUUUUUUAUCCCAUACACAUGGUCUGAUAAAUAUUUCUCAUCUGGAUCUAUUAUGCGUAAGAAAGCUAUGGCCAGAUUUUGAACAUGGAUAGGAUAAAAGUGGCAGCCUUUGCUGUUAAGAAGAAAGAUUGUUUUACAGGAAAUCCCUGCUGCCAGCUGGCCCUUCCUCAGGUUUCCCGAUUCAUGACAGUUGCCUGCUCACAGGCCCGCGGUCUGUGGCUGAAAAACAAGGGUGUGCUGGAGUUUUGGAGCUAUGAAAC